GUCGCGUAGACGUAUUGUCACACUGUGGCGCCACCGUUUCGUCUGAGAUAGACUUCGAUGGGCGUGGCCGGGACGAGUUGAGUUAAUUCUUGGAAGAUGAGUCCUCAAACUUCGCUCAUCAACCUACCAGAUGAGUUGAUACAAAUGCUGAAUAGUUUUUUGACCUAUGAGGAAUCAAUAUGUUUCACGCAGUGCUCUCGACGGCUACAUCGAGCGAUUCGACGAAGUGUACUUGGCUUCUAUGACAAAAUGCAGCUCGGCGACGACCCAACGGAAUGUCGUUUGAUUGACUCGCGAGGACGUCGACGUCCACUUCUCUUCAUGGCUUCAUCGGCACCACGUCUUCUAAGGCUAGCCAGUAAUCUAAGUGAAGUCACGAUCCUUAUGAAAGAAGUGGAUGCGUUUAGAAAUCCCUAUUCGGCUACGAGUGUUGGCGACUGUUCCCCUUAUACACCCGGCGGCUACCUGGGUCGGCUACUUGGCCCAAAUCCUCCGAAUCUCCCAAAUUUGAAGCAGCUAUCGCUACAUGUCGAUGUUAUGGUGGAAUCUAUCAGUGUUUCGCCACUGCCUUGUCCAAGCGAGGAUUUACAAUAUGCUCUAUACUCCCUAGCGUCAGCUCCAUUUCGCACUUUUGUACAGAUAAGUUUCUGCUGCGCGCAGUUUCGGGAAAGUGAUGUGGGAGCACGGAGUUACUUGAUUGCCGGUAUGGAACAAACACUAAAAGCGGCUGCUGAAGCCGGGGCUGAUACUGAGUUUGAAGUGGAGCCGGAAGAAGGCUACGUUGACAUGACCAUCGAAAAGGGCCGUGUUGAAUAUACAUUUGCUUUCUUCUACUACAAUCCAUCUAUUUGCGAGCCGGCACCAGCGGAAGAAAUCAAUGAUCGACGAAAAUCGCCUGUCUACGCAUAGUUCUAUCAGUCUAUCCUCCUUUCCCCAUUUGCGACCAAAAAACCAUAGAGGAGCUCAGUCAAUCAAAGAUGCAUGUUGUUUAUGUGUUGUUGGCAUAAUUUAGUGGGUUCAAUGUCCUUUGUGUUCAUAGCCCGACUGUGGGCGGGGCGUAAGAAUCAUACGUGUAAAUAUUUUGCUCCGCCCAUUGUUUAUGACAUGAUUGUAUAUAAUUUGUUGAUUAGAAUACAUGACAUUUAAAACAUGGAAAUGACACGUUGUUUUCAAAUUUAGUUGCACAGAUUUUCGUUCUGUAACGGGUUGUUAUGUAUGAAAGAGUGGAAUAAAGUUUCGAAAUUUUCA